AUGUUGGUGCCAGGUGAAGACGCAAAGACGAGAGCACUCAGAAGGGAAGCGCUGGAGCGAGUAAGGCAACGAGCACGAGAGGCUAGAGAGAAACAACGGCAAGACUCGCUGUCACUUCAGCUGGAACAGGAGCAGCAGCAGCAGCGCAGCCAAGAGUUAAGCCGGCAGCUUAUGCAACGCACCUUGCAACGGAUACGGGAAAACGCAGUGAAGCAAGAAGAACAGAGGCAGGAACAGCUCAUACUGCAGCAAAAAAUGAUGCAACAGGCAGAAGAAAGAAAAAAAUACUGCGCUCAGCACCGCAGAGCCCUGCAACAGAAGCUGAUACGACAGCAGAGAGAAAUUAAAAACAAAAUACGCACGCGCGCAGAAGAGAGCGUCAGGCAGUCGAGGGAAGCAAAGGCAAGGUCCCAUAGCGCGUUAGGAGUAGCAUGCCCUUAG